GCUUCGGUGAAGAGAGAGGGAAUAAGCAGCAGAAUCAUUUCUGGCGCUGAGCAGCUGCAGGGUAUAGAGUCGCGUGUCCGUGCAGUAUUCAUGGCUUUGUGUGUGGUGUGUGACACUGGGACUUGCCCCGGCUCACUUAGCUCACACCCAUCGAAGUCACAGGACGUCCCCAGAGCUGCUGUAUUAAACAAGGACUGCACUACAGGAACAACCUGACAAGGAGAGAGGAGGAGACAGAAAGGAGAGAGAACACAGAGGAGGAGAGGAGAGAAAGGAGAGAGAGAGAACACAGAGGAGGAGACAGAAAGGAGAGAGAACACAGAGGAGGAGAGGAGAGAAAGGAGAGAGAGAGAACACAGAGGAGGAGAGGAGAGAAAGGAGAGAGAGAGAACACAGAGGAGGAGAGGAGAGAAAGGAGAGAGAGAGAACACAGAGGAGAAAGGAGAGAGAGAGAACACAGAGAAGAAGAGGAGGAGAGGAGAGAAAGGAGAGAGAGAGAGAACACAGAGGAGAAAGGAGAGAGAGAACACAGAGAAGAAGAGGAAGAGAGGAGAGAAAGGAGAGGGAGAGAACACAAGAAGAAGAGGAGGAGGAGAGGAGAGAAAGGAGAGAGAGAACACAGAGAAGAAGAGGAGGAGGAGAGGAGAGAAAGGAGAGAGAGAACACAGAGAAGAAGAGGAGGAGGAGAGGAGAGAAAGGAGAGAGAGAGAGAACACAGAGAAGAAGAGGAGGAGGAGAGGAGAUAAAGGGGGGAGAGAGAACAGAGAAGAAGAGGAGGAGGACAGGGAAAGAGAGAAGUACACAGUGUGUUGGGGAAGAGAAGAUUAGAGGAGAAGAAGAGGAGAAGAGGAGCAUAGGAGGAGAGGAGGAGAAGAGGCGAAGUGGGAAAGAGGAGAGGAAGAGGAGGGGAGUACACACCGCAGCUUGUAUUAAAAGGACAAAAGGAAGGUGAGAACCGUCGGAGUGGUUGUAAAGGAGCUGAACUUCUCAGAAGAGACUUCCUGUCAUGUUUACUUAAGUCCGGACCCUUUGUGUUCAGGACACAAUGUCCAGACUACUAUCCUCAGAGUCUGGCCGCUGCCGAUGAGUCCGUCCAUACAGCCGCUGCACACACCGAGCACUGUCUCUUUUACCGUACUUUGUUGUUGGUCAGGAGGGAGGCACAUAAGGGAGCUGAAAUGCAGAAUGUACCGGAGGAAUGGAGGGAAGAACAGAGGGCUGGAGGAGGAGGAGAGGUGGAUGCGAAAGCCUGGGAGGGUCGAGAGGCCUUAUUCCAAAUUAACACUGUUAAGGAGAAUGUAGAGAUGAUGAACGAAGGGGGAAAGGGGACGGAGAAAGAGUCCCUGAUGAUGGAGCUGACCCGUUUGGUUCAGAAGACAGUGAAGGAGAGUAGCUGGUGGGAGAGGCGAGGCAUCGACAUCACUAUCCUGGUCCUGGCCUUUCUCCUGUUACCUCCAGCCUUUCUGCUGCUGGGCUCCUCCCAGGUCCUGGUGUUUGUCCUGGGCAUGGUGCUGAUGGGGGUGUCCCAUGCUGUCAUUUCCAUUAAGGGAACACACCUGGCCAGCCACGGAUCGCUGAGCGAGUCCCCCGCCUGGGACGAUUUUUGGGCUGUGUUCUUCAUCGAGGUGUGUGGGUCGUUCACAGCCAGGGCAGGUGUGACAGGCCACAUAAAGAUGCAUCAUGCCCACACCAACGUGAUCGGCCUGGGUGACUCCAGCACCUGGAAGAUACCCUGUCUACCCCGGAGCGUCUACCUGUUCAUCGCACCCCUGGCUAUACCCAUUAUCACACCUCUGGUGGCACUAGGUCAGCUGAAGGACCACUCGGUGAGCCAGGCCCUGAGGACAGUCCUGAUGGUGUUCCUGGGAUUCUACUGUCAAUACUGGCUACUGAUGCGUGUGUCUGGGUUCCAGUGUUCUUACAGCAGCCUCCUCUGCAUGCUGCUCUGCAGGGCCAUGUUCUCUAUACCUUACAUACACGUUAACAUCUUCCAGCACAUCGGCCUGUCUAUGUUCUCCCCGACCCGCCGGCCCAAGAGGAUUUACCAGAUGACCCACGGGGUUCUGAACCUUCCCCGGAACCCCCUGCUGGACUGGACCUUCGGACACUCCCUCAUCAACUGUCACGUAGAACACCACCUGUUCCCCUUCCUCUCGGACAACAUGUGUCUCAAGGUAAAGCCCAUCGUGUCCCAGUAUCUAAAGGAGAAGGCACUUCCAUACCAGGAAGACACAUACCUCUCCCGUCUGCAGCUCUUCUUUCAACAGUACCAGGAGCUCAUGGUGUUCGCCCCGCCCAUCACCGAGCUGGUGGGGGUGCAAUGAUGGAGGGGGGAGGGAGACGGAGAGAGGGAGUCAGAGAGAGGGAGACAGAGGGUGACAGAGAGAGGGAGACAGAGAGAGGGAAACAGAGAGAGACAGAGGGAGACAGAGAGAGACAGAGAGAGGGCGACGGAGAGAGGGAGACGGAGAGAGGGAGUCAGAGAGAGGGAGUCAGAGAGAGGGAGACAGAGGGUGACAGAGAGAGGGUGACAGAGAGAGGGUGACAGAGAGAGGGUGACAGAGAGAGGGAAACAGAGAGAGGGAGUCAGAGAGAGGGAGACAGAGGGUGACAGAGAGAGGGAGACAGAGAGAGACAGAGGGAGACAGAGAGAGACAUAGGGAGACAGAGAGAGACAUAGGGAGACAGAGAGAGACAGAGGGAGACAGAGAGAGACAGAGAGAGGGCGACGGAGAGAGGGAGACGGAGAGAGGGAUACGGAGGGAGGGAGACGGAGAGAGGGCCACGGAGAGAGGGAGUCAGAGAGAGGGUGACAGAGAGAGGGAGACAGAGAGAGGGAAACAGAGAGAGACAGAGGGAGACAGAGAGAGACAGACAGAGGGCGACGGAGAGAGGGAGACGGAGAGAGGGAGUCAGAGAGAGGGAGACAGAGAGUGACAGAGAAAGGGUGACAGAGAGAGGGUGACAGAGAGAGGGUGACAGAGAGAGACAGAGGGAGACAGAGAGAGACAGAGGGAGACAGAGAGAGACAGAGAGAGGGCGACGGAGAGAGGGAUAAGGAGGGAGGGAGACUGAGAGAGGGCGACGGAGAGAGACAGAGAGAGGGAGAUGGAGAGAGGGAGACGGAGAGAGACUGAGGGAGACAGAGAGAGACAGAGAGAGGGCGCCGGAGAGAGGGAGACGGAGAGAGGGAGUCAGAGAGAGGGAGACAGAGGGUGACAGAGAGAGGGAGACAGAGAGAGACAGAGAGAGGGCGCCGGAGAGAGGGAGACGGAGAGAGGGAGUCAGAGAGAGGGAGACAGAGGGUGACAGAGAGAGGGAGACAGAGAGAGACAGAGGGAGACAGAGAGAGACAUAGGGAGACAGAGAGAGACAGAGGGAGACAGAGAGAGACAGAGAGAGGGCGACGGAGAGAGGGAGACGGAGAGAGGGAUACGGAGGGAGGGAGACGGAGAGAGGGCCACGGAGAGAGGGAGUCAGAGAGAGGGUGACAGAGAGAGGGAGACAGAGAGAGGGAAACAGAGAGAGACAGAGGGAGACAGAGAGAGACAGACAGAGGGCGACGGAGAGAGGGAGACGGAGAGAGGGAGUCAGAGAGAGGGAGACAGAGGGUGACAGAGAGAGGGUGACAGAGAGAGGGUGACAGAGAGAGGGUGACAGAGAGAGGGUGACAGAGAGAGACAGAGGGAGACAGAGAGAGACAGAGGGAGACAGAGAGAGACAGAGAGAGGGCGACGGAGAGAGGGAUAAGGAGGGAGGGAGACUGAGAGAGGGCGACGGAGAGAGACAAAGAGAGGGAGAAGGAGAGAGGGAGACGGAGAGAGGGAGUCAGAGAGAGGGAGACAGAGGGUGACAGAGAGAGGGAGACAGAGAGAGGGAAACAGAGAGAGACUGAGGGAGACAGAGAGAGACAGAGAGAGGGCGACGGAGAUAGGGAGACGGAGAGAGGGAGUCAGAGAGAGGGAGACAGAGGGUGACAGAGAGAGGGUGACAGAGAGAGGGUGACAGAGAGAGGGUGACAGAGAGAGGGUGACAGAGAGAGGGUGACAGAGAGAGACAGAGAGAGACAGAGGGAGACAGAGAGAGACAGAGAGAGGGCGACGGAGAGAGGGAUAAGGAGGGAGGGAGACUGAGAGAGGGCGACGGAGAGAGACAGAGAGAGGGAGAUGGAGAGACGGAGACGGAGAGAGGGAGAUGGAGAGACGGAGACAGAGGGAGACGGAGAGAGGGCGACAGAGAGAGGGCGACAGAGAGAGGGAGACAGAGAGAGGGAGACAGAGAGAGGGAGACAGAGAGAGGGAGACAGAGAGAGGGAGACAGAGAGCGGAAGACAGAGAGAGAGGGCGACAGAGAGAGGGAGACAGAGAGCGGAAGACAGAGAGAGGGAGACAGAGCGCGGAAGACAGAGAGAGGGCGACAGAGAGAGGGAGACAGGUCAGAGGUGGAGGAUGACAUGCACCUACUAACUAACCCACACUGUUGUAUGCUGUCAUUGGAAUAACAGAUUGUUAACACUGUCCUAUCUAGCAGGAUCAAUAAGAGCUCAAACUAACUGGCAUUAACACAGCUGCAAAUUCAUCAAUUAUUCCUGUGGAAAAACAAUUCAAUUAACUGUAAGGAAUACAUAAUCUUCAUAAUCUAAGACUGUAAUAUGAUAGCUACCAAUGAUAUGUAGUCAAGACAAUGUGUGUAUUUAAUGGUACAUACAUAUUUUCAUAAACUAACCUGUAUUGUUCCCUUAUGUGAUCUAUCAUAGUAGUAAAAGAAUACAGAAACACACCACAUGACCUAGGCAGUGUCCAAAUCAUAUUAACAUGUAACAAUAUUAAACUAAUAUCAAUGUGAUGUAAUUGAAAAACCUCUUGAUACCUGCUACAUAUGUAUUUUUUUAUUUCAAGGCUCAUAGGCCUCUCGUCCAAACUAGUCCACUACUUUUAACCACGGCUCAUAGGCCUCUCGUCCAAACUAGUUCAUUACUUUUGACCAAGGCUCAUAGGCCUCUCAUCCAAACUAGUCCACUACUUUUAACCAAGGCUCAUAGGCCUCUCAUCCAAACUAGUCCACUACUUUUAACCAAGGCUCAUAGGCCUCUCAUCCAAACUAGUCCACUACUUUUAACCAAGGCUCAUAGGCCUCUCGUCCAAACUAGUCCACUACUUUUGACCAAGGCUCAUAGGCCUCUCGUCCAAACUAGUCCACUACUUUUAACCAAGGAUCAUAGGCCUCUCAUCCAAACUAGUCCACUACUUUUAACCAAGGCUCAUAGGCCUCUCGUCCAAACUAGUCCACUACUUUUGACCAAGGCUCAUAGGCCUCUCGUCCAAACUAGUCCACUACUUUUGACCAAGGCUCAUAGGCCUCUCGUCCAAACUAGUCCACUACAUUUGACCAAGGCUCAUAGGCCUCUCGUCCAAACUAGUCCACUACUUUUAACCAAGGCUCAUAGGCCUCUCGUCCAAACUAGUCCACUACUUUUAACCAAGGAUCAUAGGCCUCUCGUCCAAAUUAGUCCACUACUUUUAACCAAGGCUCAUAGGCCUCUCGUCCAAACUAGUCCACUACUUUUAACCAAGGCUCAUAGGCCUCUCGUCCAAACUAGUCCACUACUUUUGACCAAGGCUCAUAGGGCUAUCGUCAAAACAAGUGCACUACUUUUAACCAAGGCUCAUAGGCCUCUCGUCCAAACUAGUCCACUACUUUUAACCAAGGAUCAUAGGCCUCUCGUCCAAACUAGUCCACUACUUUUAACCAAGGCUCAUAGGCCUCUCGUCCAAACUAGUCCACUACUUUUAACCAAGGCUCAUAGGCCUCUCGUCAAAACUAGUCCACUACUUUUGACCAAGGCUCAUAGGGCUAUCGUCAAAACAAGUGCACUACAUUUGACCAAGGCUCAUAGGCCUCUCGUCCAAACUAGUCCACUACUUUUGAGCAAGGCUCAUAGGCCUCUCGUCCAAACUAGUCCACUACUUUUAACCAAGGCUCAUAGGCCUCUCGUCCAAACUAGUCCACUACAUUUGACCAAGGCUCAUAGGGCUAUCGUCAAAACAAGUGCACUACUUUUAACCAAGGCUCAUAGGCCUCUCAUCCAAACUAGUCCACUACUUUUGACCAAGGCUCAUAGGCCUCUCGUCAAAACAAGUGCACUACAUUUAACCAAGGAUCAUAGGCCUCUCAUCCAAACUAGUCCACUACUUUUGACCAAGGCUCAUAGGGCUAUCGUCAAAACAAGUGCACUACUUUUGACCAAGGCUCAUAGGCCUCUCGUCAAAACAAGUGCACUACAUGGAGUAGGGUGUAUUUACCACAGACCGAUUGUGUUUGUUUCUUCAGUUGUUGACACAGAAAACCGUUGUUUGCACUGAAAUGACAGUAAAUAUGAAAUAAAUCAAUGAAUCAUG